ACAUUGAUUGCAUUCGUUUCCCAUCUCCCUUCUAGUUGUGAACCAGAUCAUCAUGGAGCGUCCUCAGUCUUCUAUGGAUAUCACGGUUGCGGGUUUGCGUGCAAUGCUUGAAGGCAGAUCUCACCUUCCCUCUCACAAACGGAUACAAGAACUCAUUACAAGUCUCCCUAAGAUAUCAGAAACCGAGCUUAAAGACCUGGGGCAUUCUGAGUCUGUUUGCCCCAUAUGCUUUAAUACGUUCUUGGCCGUCCUGGCUGAAGAGGAAAUGGCGCUCGUAAUGGACUCCCCUGCGCACCCGAUAGAGGAACUGGGAGUGACCAGGCUCCACGACACAUGCGGGCAUAUAUUCUGUCGAAGAGAUAUCAUGAAAUGGAUACAAGACGGUCGCGAGUCUUGCCCCACUUGUCGCAGGGCUUUUUUCGCGAACACGGCUAAUAGUGACCAGCGUGAGACGGAUCAGUCUUCUCUGCUAGAAGAUUUUACCGAGAGCUCAAUGGUUGCCGGAGAGUCUGACGGCGCAGGCUUACUGCCCAUUCUGGUCGUACCCUCGACGGCGAUAGGUAGACAUCCAUUUGUCCAGCAACGAGAAAGCCGAGACGAAUUUUCUGGGAUGUACUCAUAGCUUGAUAUUACAUACA